AUGGCACCCGUCGUGCACGUAAUCGACCCAGAUCCAGAUACGGUGUUAAUUCUCAGAAAUCCUUGUACGACCUUCGCGCCUUGGGAUUCUGAAGAGAAACCACAGAGUCCAGUAGUACGUGUCUCGAAGAAGGAAAGGAAGAAAAAGAGCAAAAGGAGAGUCGAUAGCUUAAACCUCCCAGAACACUAUCCUUCUUUGGCACUUGAUGGACUCGCUGUUGAUAGCAGUGGAACUUUUCUUGAGGACGGGUUUGGCGGGUCCAACGGAUCUGCAGGGGCUUCAUCUGCCAGCGAAGUUGCGCCUUCACUGACUAGACACAAAGAGCCUGUUGAGCCUGAAGAAGAGUCAAUCCACUACCAUGUUUCCUCACGCCACCUAAUGCUCGCGUCGCCUGUGUUCAAGCGAGCGCUGAACAAGGACGGGUUCACCGAAUCCGUUCGCAACGAAAUCGAUGGUUUCUUCCAUGUACAAGCCAGUGACUGGGACCCAGAAGCGUUUCUCAUCGUUCUUCAGAUCUUGCACGGUCGCAACAAGCAGGUGCCACGAAAAGUGAGUUUGGAUAUGCUUGCCAAGAUCGCCAUCCUUGAGGACUAUUACACUUUCGGAGAGUCCCUGGACGUGUUCACCGAGAUGUGGAUCCAAGAACUUAUCAGGGUGUCUAUACCUACAGUAUACUGCAGAGAUCUGGUAUUGUGGAUCUGGGUAGCAUGGUUGUUCGAUAAAGAUCAGCAAUUCGAGGAGGCCACCACCGUAGCUAUCAAGCAAAGCACCGAAGCACUCCGAACUUUAGAUCUUCCCAUUCCUCCAAUAUUAUCAGAUGAAAUCGACAAUACGCGAUACCAGGCCAUCGAGUUUGUUAUCGAAGCCCUUCACGACCGUCUCGAGAGAUACCGUUCCACCGAUUAUUUGUGCCCGUCCAAUGCGAAUCAGUCAUUCAUGUGCGGAUCCUUUCUUCUCGGUAGUGUGACGAAAGAGUUGAGCCGGCUGAAUUUCAUGUCGCCUCGACCAGAGGUUCCAUUUCCUGGUUUGAGUUUCGACAGAACCUGUGAACUAGUGGGAGCCAUGCAGUCUCCAUGGUGGUACUCUGCUAAUGGAAGUUACUCUCGGGCCCAUUCAUGUACAUUGAAUGCAGCAAUGAAAACUCUGAUAGAGGAUGUAUCGACUGCAGUUGGAGGGCUGAAUCUGGGCGAUCUCAAGAAGAGACGGGACAGUUGA